AUGAAUAUCUACGCUCGCUUGUCCGUUUUGCUUCUAUCCCUAGCUGGACCGACUUCAGCGGUUCUCAACUGCCGGCCGGAGGGACCAAUCCUGCCCAAACCGAGACUCAGCAACUCGUCAGGCAUAAAAGCAGCGGGGGCAAAUCUAACAAAGACUCUCAAUAAUGCUAUCAAGGGGUCCAUUAAAGCAGGGUGGCCUGUUGAAAAUGUGUCGUUUUCCUUGGCUGUCGUGUCUACGGACCAGAAGAAUGCCGGUGUGCCGAUUUGGGAAUAUCACCAUAGGGCGGAGAAGAAUGUGCGAGGUACCAAGAAGGUUACUCGGGACUCGCAGUAUCUUAUUGGAUCUGUGAGCAAGGUCAUCUCGGAUUAUAUUCUUCUCAAGUCUGGAGUUGAUAUUGACCGCCCUGUUACCGAUUUCCUUCCGAAGCUGAAGAGUCCCAAGUCUAAGAUUGAUUGGAGCGGUAUCACGUUGCGGAUGCUGGGAUCACAGCUGAGCGGAGCGCCUACAAACAAUGGAUUCUCAGAAUAUUAUUUCCUCAAAGAUCUCUUUGUGCAGUCCGGAUUUCCGAAGCUCAAGGAUUCUGAUUACCCGUCUUGUGGUGUAAUUGGUCUCAACAAGGGCUGCUCUGCAAAUGAAACCUUAGAUGGAAUGAUUACCCAAUACCCCGUCACGGCACCUAUGGAGAGAGCGGCAUACUCAAACAUUGCGUUUGUAGUUUUCGUCCUGGCACUUCAAGAAGUGACCGGGAAGAACUACACGGAGCUUGUGGCAGAUGUUGUGUCAAAACCACUUGGUUUGCAGAAUACCCUUCCCUCUCCAGGAGAUGACGCAAAGGCGGUCAUCCCUCCCGGAAACAGUACAUGGGGAUCUGAUUACGGCUACAAUGCCCCUGGAGGCGGCUUGGUCUCUUCAGUCGCAGACCUCUCAAAAUUUACCUAUAAGCUCCUCACACGAUCCAUCGGUCUAACGCCAACCCAAACACGACAAUGGCUAAAACCAGAGGCAUAUACUGGAGCAUACAGUGCAGUAGGACUGCCAUGGGAAAUCUUCCGACCUCUCAACCUCACUCCCGCCCAUCCCCAUCCAGUCACCGUAUACGGCAAAGGCGGAGGAGCGCAACUCUACAGCAGCCAGCUUAACGUUGUUGACGAAUACGGAAUGGGUCUGAUAAUGCUCUCGGCCGGCAAUCCAGGAGCUUCCAUCUUCCUAUCAGAUGCUCUUCUAGCGACAUUCGUCCCUGCGGCCGACCAAGUUGCCCGAGAGCAAGCUAAGAAAGAAUAUGCUCGCACCUUCAAAUCUCCCUCAUCCAAAACACAGACCAAGUCUUUGGAAGCGUCAUUCAAGCUGGACAGUGACUCUCUUGUUGUUUCGGAGAUUCGUGAUAAUGGCGAGGACGUCUUUGCUGGCAUCAAGAAGAUGUGGGGACUUACCAUGGGCCAGUACACAGCGGCGUUUGGUUCAACCGUGAGACUGUUUCCCACGGACCUGGCUCAGACGGCUCAGAUGAAUGGCAAGAAUGUCACUGGCGAGGUUUGGCGCUUGUGGCCGGAAUUCGGUGAGGCGAUGGAGUCUGAUCUGCCUGGUUCGAGGCUGAGCUAUGACAAUUGCCUGCAGUGGAGUCUUGGGGAUUGGGUCCACUAUGGAAAGGAGCCGCUGGAUAGAAUCAUCUUUUAUAAAGAUGCCGAUGGCCAUGUUAUUGGUUUGGAAAUGCCUUUCCUGAGGACUGGCGUGAUGAAGCCCAUGUAA